GUCUCAAAUUUGCAUCGUCCAUUUGAGCGCCAUUAGUGACCAACGGCAUUUCUCUCGUCGUAUUCUUUACAAUAUUUCUGUAUUCUUUGUCGGUUGUAAAUCGCCGCAAAUAUCGCGUUUUUGUUAAUUUUAUCCUCGUGAUUAAGUAGAUUUUGUUAUUCUAGCGUGUAGUGCAUUUAGUGAAAUAUGACUGAAGAUUAUUUUUGGGGUUUAACGCUUGAUAAAAAUAAGACCACCGACGUUUGGGAUCCAGAUGUAAAAAAUGACGCUAACGAUUCCACACAAGGCUACCGUGGUGAACAUACAUUAUUAGUGAAACAGGCUGUACUCGGACCAGAAGCUAAAGAAGGUGAAGUAAAUGUGGUCGAAGUGGAAGCCAUGGGUUACAAAUCCGAUGUCAGAUAUCCUAUCACAGUAUUAAAAGGAGGUUCACAACACCAAUCAUUGUUGGAUUUACUAUUCCCCGAUCCGCCUGUUACAUUUAAGCUGAUAAAAGGCUCAGGACCUAUUCAUUUACUUGGAAACCAUUCCGUUGGAAGUGGAGACGGAUUGGGCGAGGAUGAUGAAGACGAAAUAGAAGAUGAAUUUGACGAAGAAGAAGAUAUUGAAGAAACACCCGAAAAAAAUAGCGUUGGCGAUAAGAAAAGAAAAAUAGCACAAUCAAAUUCUAAUGCUAAACAAAGCAAACGAUCGAAAGGAAACGAUGAGGAUGAUUAGAUAUAUUUUGGUUAACAUUAGUUUUUAAAAUCCAUCAGAAGAUUAUUAAUUUGUUGAUAUUCCAUUUGUAUUAAUUCAUACCUUUCGACUAGAAUAUUUCUCGACUGUCAUCUUUUUUUUUCAAUUUUCUACUGUAAAACGUUUGUUGUAAUAUUGCAUUUCAAAUUGAAGUACAAUAUUUUCUCAAAACAAGGUUAUUGCACUUCAAAGCAUUGUUAAAUCUAUUCCAGAAAUCGUGUAACGCUGACUAUACUUUAAAAUAUAUUAUUCUGAUAAGACAA